CUUCUCUUGUCACAGGCGCCCUGAAGCCGCUCUCUGCUGAGGGGCCUUUCUCACAGAGCGGACGGCGGCGGCGGUGGCCAAGAUGUCGACCAAGAAUUUUCGCGUUAGUGACGGAGACUGGAUUUGCCCGGAUAAAAAAUGUGGAAAUGUUAACUUUGCCAGAAGGACGAGCUGCAACCGAUGUGGCCGAGAAAAAACAACGGAUGCUAAAAUGAUGAAGGCUGGAGGGACGGAGAUCGGGAAAACGCUGGCAGAGAAGAGCCGCGGAUUGUUUAGUGCCAACGACUGGCAAUGCAAAACUUGUGGAAAUGUCAACUGGGCAAGAAGAUCAGAGUGUAACAUGUGCAACACCCCAAAGUAUGCGAAGCUGGAGGAGAGGACCGGUUAUGGUGGCGGUUUCAAUGAACGUGAAAAUGUAGAAUACAUAGAGCGAGAAGAGUCGGAUGGAGAGUAUGAUGAGUUUGGACGAAAAAAGAAGAAAUACCGUGGAAAGCCACCCAAUGCAAAAUCUAUACCAAAAGGUGAUGAAAAGGUGUCUGGAGGUGAAGAGGAGGAAGAGGGCGAAGAGGAGGAUGAAGAAGAAGGAGAUCUAUCAAAAUAUAAGUUGGAUGAUGACGAUGAAGAGGAUGACGAUGGCGACCUUUCAAAAUAUAACCUUGCCAGUGAUGAGGAAGAUCCUGGUAAAAAUAAGAAUCCCGCUCGCGGCAGAUCUAAAUCCCAUUCUUCCCACUCCUCCUCCCAUACAAGCUCAAGGUCUAGGUCCAGAUCCCGUUCAAGAAGCUCUUCCAGUUCCAGAUCUCGCUCUAGCUCAAAGGAACGUUCUCGAUCUCGUGGUUCAAAAUCAAGAUCCAGCUCCAGAUCCCACCGAGGUUCUUCUUCCCCCAAAAAAAGAUCUUACGCAAGUUCUCAUUCGUCGUCCUCUUCUUCAGAGAGGGGAAAGAAAAGGAGCCGCUCCAAGUCUUCGUCUGGUGACCGCAAAAAAAGGCGAACAAGAUCACGGUCAACAGAAAGGCGCAGACAUUCCCCCGCUGGGUCGUCCCAUUCUGGCUCACGAUCAUCGAGUUCCAAAAAGAAAUAGAUAUUUAGGAAAGACGGGAGAAUAAAAACACAAAAAAACCAGAGCAGAUAAGAGGCAUCAUGAACCACACGGAGAUGAGCUGCGGUAGAGGAGGCGCACGCUCCUGUGCUUUUACUACAGCCACACACAACCGAUGUACAACUGUAGCAUUUUAAGCCAUAAGUUCAAAACCGCCUCCCUCCUCUACCUCUCCCAGUAGGAAGUGGGACACAAUAGAUGGCAAUAAUAUGGCUUAGGCUUGGUUUAAAACAUUGUGAUGCAUAUUUUGAAUGGAUUAUUUUUUUUCUUUCUGGUGCGUGUCCAUGUUCCUGUAUUUCCAAACUAUUACAACCCCCUCCCUCCUACUAGGAUAAUGUGAACUUCUCUCAUCCACUGCAAUCCUUAUGGCUUAAAAUGCAAAAAAAAAAGUACAGAGCUAAAGCCCUAAUAUUUUUAUGGUGUUACAAGGUAAGUAUUUGUCUUACUCCAUCUUGGCAUUACGCAGGCCGCCGGAGCAAUUCUAAUAUACAGAUCAUUCUUAGGACAUAGAUCACACAUCCCAAAUACUUCUACUCUGUCCCACCAGCCCCAAAGACCCCCAUUACGAGUCAUUGUCCUUGUUACUUUACCCCUUUUUUUUUUUUUGGGGGGGGUUUCACCUACUCAUGAAUGUAACCUGUCCCCCGGCGUAUUACUGUAUCUUCAUGCCCAUUGCUUCCUAUAAAGCUUCUGUUGACAUAUGUAUGCCGAAAAUGUAAUCUGAGGCUCCGUCACCAGCUUUGCACUCAAGGGGCGAGAGGGUUUUACCAUUCUAUAGAUGACGCCUCAACGAAAAUGAAUUCUGAAAUUAUUAUUUUUUUUGUCUGAUUUCUUAAGUGUAGUUUUUUGCGUGGUGCUUUUUUUUUAAAUUUUAUUUUUAAUUUUUUUUCCUCUGUAGACCUGUGACAAUAAAAUGAUGACUCCUG